UGCAUCUACUAGCUAUAUAUGUAACUAAUGGUUUCACUCUGACUCAUUCAAUUGUUGAAUCGUCAGUUUGCAGCAAGCCGUCGAUAGUAUAAUAAGGCGAACUAACUCACAUCAUGCCUCGACCAUAAUCCCUUCCCAUGCUCUUCACUCUAGGAAUAUCGUGCAUUAUUGCCCUGCUUGUCGCUUUGCGUCUGACUCGCAGACAUGUCUCCCCUUUCCCUCUGCUACCUGGUCCUCGUCCCUUACCAUUUUUGGGCAACGCGCUGCAAUUGGAUACUAAACGUCCUUGGCUCACAUAUACUGCGUGGGAAAAGACAUAUGGAAAAAUCUUCCGCUCCCGUGUAUUUGGGAUCGACAUGAUCAUUAUAAACUCCGAAAUUAUCGCCCAGGAGUUGCUGGAAAAGCGUUCUGCGAAUUACUCUGACCGUCCCGCUCUUCGCACCAACGAAUUAGCUGGAAUAACUUUCAAUACUGUGAUGCUUCCGUAUGGGGAAACUUUACGACAACAUCGCAAGAUAUUCCAUCAAGUCCUUAGGGCCGAUGUUUCCAUCUCGUACCACGAGAUAUACUCUCGCCAUGCAAACGAACUAGUCAUCGAUCUCUUAGGUGCCACUAGGGACUCACUGCAGCAUCACACCGAAGCGUUCGUACCCAUUUCAAGGAUGCCUUUGUGAAGUAUGGUCCAGUUGACGAUCAAUUCUUGUGCCAGAUACUCCGGAUCCCUGAUCAUGACCGUGACAUACGGACAUCUCG